ACACUCUGCGUACUCCUCGUAUCUUUCUGCAAGGGGACGUUGCCCUUGCGCUUAUGGUGUUGUCUCAUACACUUCUAGCCAGCUAUUGCGCAUCAACGUCGCUGGACGGAAAUUUCUUGGGCAGCGGUGUUAUCUACGUAACAAUGAAAGCGGCAAUAAAGCGUUUUUUUGUGAAGGACAACCGGCCGGAAGCUUGCAAUACCUCCCAGCCUGCUGUUUGUAUGAAAACGGCCCUUCCUCCAAGCGAUGAAACGUCUACGCACUCGUCGACGCGUGCAUCUUGCUCUCCUUUUCCAUUGGAAGCGGCAAACGGGCAGAAGACUACGGUAUCUCAUGAGCCAUUAUACGCUCAUCCGCCAUCAGGCAGCAUAGGACGCUCUCCAACAUGCGUUGAUGAAGCUGCCCCUAUAAUAUGGGGAGACAGCCUGCAGCGCGCAAGCCGAGGCGCGCCCACUGAGACUACAUUUGCCACGUCGCUUGCCAAUGAAAGCACGGGACCGUCGAGCACGUGGCGGGAAAAACGCACAGCUCAGCAACGUAGCUCCGUUGACUUGACAAUGGUGAACCUUCCCGCUGUGGGCCAUCUCGCGGAGUCAGAAUGGACACGGGCUCUAACUGGCAACAUCAAGCAAUUGGCACAGGUGCAAGGGGCACUGUGCGGCCACGCCGCAUCCAUGCCAAACUCUCCAUUCGCUUCCCAAGUUGGCGGACGGCCAAGCUUAAUCUUUCAGGCGCGGCGGCAAAGCUUCGUUCUGGGAUGUGCAGCAAGCUCCGAUGUUUCCCCUGGCCACUCCAAUAAGUCCAGCGGAUCGCACCUGCGAACCCAGCGAGGCAACAAUGGAUUACUCCUGCUUGCCUCUGUAGGAGGUGACGAAACAGAUGCCGACCUCUCCUCCGCGACUGGCACCGCUGCGGCCUCCAGCGGCCUGCUCCCCUGCGUGGUGCCGCCGGCGCUGCUGGCCGAGGCCGCCAAGACGGGAGUGAGCCUGCAGGUGGACCUGGAGACGGAGGUGCAGUUGGACCCGGAGCUGCCGCCGCUGGGACGCGGUGUGUCGGGGUCGGUGUUCAGGGGGACGUACAAGGGACAGGAGUGCGCGGUCAAGAUCCUGCCGCCCGACCUGCUGCUCAGCUCCGGCAGCGCCGAGCUGCACACCUUUGUGCAGGAGAUGGUGGUGCUGGCCUCCGUACGGCACCCCAACAUCGUGACCUUCCUGGGCGGCAGCCUGCAGCCGCCGCACGUGUUUCUGGUGGAGGAGCUGUGCGCCACCAGCCUGGACGCCUGGCUGCACCGGGGGGCGCUGGGGGGCGCCAUGAGCGCAUGGCAGCGGCUGCGGGUGGCGCUGGAUGUGGCGACGGGGCUGGAGUACCUGCAUGAGCGGCAGCCGGCGAUUGUGCACAGAGACCUGAAGCCCGCCAACAUCCUCAUUGACGCCAGCGGGACCGCAAAGAUCAGCGAUUUCGGGCUGGCUCGCGUCAAGACGCACGCCGUGAUCAACACCAAGGCCCCGGAAGUGGGGUCCAUCGGCUACAUGGCGCCAGAGUGCUUCACGGCGGAGGACGGGUUGCUGACCGACAAGUGCGACACGUGGUCGCUGGGUGUGGUGCUGUGGGAGAUGGUCACUCGCAAGCGGCCCUGGCCGGGCCUGACCCUGCCGCAGUACUAUCGUGAGGUGGUGCUGCGCAAGUCGCGGCUGCCCAUCCCGCAGGACGACUGCGUGUGUCCGCUGGCGCUGCGGCGGCUGAUCAGCAGCUGCUGGAGCGAUGCGCCGGGGGAGCGGCCCUCCUGCGCGCACAUCGUGCAGGAGCUCAGCCGACUGCUCAAAUACACGCCCAGGGAGUGAGUGCGAUACAAAGUCCGCGAGGAAGUGAGACGGGGGGAAGAAGGGUACCAUGGGAUCGGGGGCAGGAGGAGGAGGAGGAGCGGAGGGCAGUGAA